AUGCGAUUGGCCGCGGAUGAAUGCGAAGUUGCCAAAGGUGAUAUUAGUCCGGAGUCCAUAGCAGGUGGCGAGACGAGAGGAUUCCGCGGGAACAGGCUGUUUUGCCAGAGUGCCCCAAGCCACCACGAAAUCAAAGAAGCAUCAAAGUCCCUGGAGAAAGUACUAGUCCAGAAUAUCCUCUUCGGCCUGAGUCCUUCGCUGACAGACGCCAUUAAGAGCAUUCCAAGAUGGCGCUUCAUCCAGGCUGCGGUGCCUCACGUCAUGCACUGCGCCGCCUCGCUGCUCUACAACAGACGCGAAUCGACCAUCACCAACCUCGGCGCGGCCGAGACCAAACUCCUGUACACGUUACACUGGAUAGUCCUCGAUGCUGCCGAGGAGUGUGCCGACGCCGACCACGAAAAGGGACUCAACAAGGGCUCCACGCUCACUUAUAACUUCUCUGUUACAACUAUACAGGUCUUCAUUUACCUGUUUGCCCCGCUGCUGCACACGCUCAAGGAGUCAGACUUCCAGAACUUUCGACUGGAGAAUGGCCUGAAGAUAUGGACUCCGCUGUGGGAAUACAGGCACCCCGACGUCCCGGCUUUUACGACGGCAGUGAGGCCUAGGAGGCAGGUCCUCAGAGCCAAGAAAGUCCGCAGGUCCAACACCCAGUUUGGCGAUGUGUUCCUCGGCGGGGGUGGAGCUGUGGCACCAGACGAUGACAACAUGCUCUUCCUCAUUAAUGGCGGAAAGAGUCGCUCGAUCACUCCGCCUCCAAGUGAUCCCACUUCCUCGUCAACGCAAGACUCAAGAAUUGCAGAUGCAGCCAAGUUGGAGGAGGAGCUUCGGCUCCUGAGUGGGACUCGAGAGGCAACCUUUCCCGAAACCAUCCCUGAGGAGACCUCCAGCACUGAGGAAGAGCAUGUGGUGAUAUUCAGACUUGGCUCCUACCCUGACAAUGAUGGCAAGGAAUCACAUGUUUACAAGGCUGAGCACCCAUCCUCGUUCCUCCGGCCUCCUAUUGUGGAAGUCAGUGACGCGACAACCCCAACUCAGCCACCCUCUGUCGCCGCUUCCACACCCACAGAAUCGCACACUCCUCGUCUUCUAGAGGCCAAUGGUUCAGCUAAAACCAGCAUAUCAGCUGCAGGAGCCAAGCCCAAUUCUCUCACUGACCCUACUCUGGCGACCUUCCUAGACGUGGCUGUUCUCCGCUGCCUCUUUGUCCCUCAGUGGAUGGAGGAAGGCGUUUUCUGGGCCUUGAACUUCAUCUUGAGGAGGCUGCAAGACAUCGGGGAGGAGACAGGCCAUACUGUACCUCCGAGGCGCCGCAGCAACUCCCUCCCAAUCCCCAAGAUUCAUGUGUCACUGCACUGCGACCAGGUAGAGGAACGCAAGGGCAAGGAGGGCACAGAGCAAAGCGAUCAGUCCUCAUCUGAUAAUUAUAUCAGUGACCAGUACUGUCCGCAACAAGAAGGUUUGAGCACAAGCGGGGGGAGCACAAGGAAAAAGAAGAAGCUGAACGAGCUAAAAGCCUUCGUGGAGACGAAAUUGAGGUCGUGCUCAGAGAAAGCCCUCGAGAAAAUAGGUCAUGACGACUCCAGGAGAUCAUCCAUCUCUGAUGAUCAGCAAGGAGGAGCAGGUGAUUUUGGUGGCAGUUCCUGGGGAGUAGACGGGGAGCAGAAAUCACGUCCACAUUCAGCUCUUGAGAAAUUUGUUGAGGAUCGCCACCAGCCAUGCCUCCCCUCACCACGAUUCCCCCCAGUGGGUCUUGUGAAGGGCAAAAGCAUGCCUUCUCUGAGAUCAGACACCAAGACCACCUCAAGUGAGUUAAAUUACAGGUAUGUUAUCAGGUAUUUAGGUAUAAGCUAUUCUAAAAGGGAUAUGUAUGUGAAACCUCUCAAUCUGGCCACGAAGAGCCUCACCAUGAGUGUGCAAGAAGACUGUAUAUUCAGUACAACAACAAUGGGUCUCUCUGUUAUUGUCUUGACCGUGUAA